GACCACUGUGUCAUAACAAGCGUAGUGUCGCGAGGUACAAGAAGUUUGUGUAACUUCGGUGAAAGUUUGUGACUUUUUCUCUUUUAUUUUCGGCGUGGAUUUACAGCUCUGCCGCAGAAGAAGGGGGUCGGAAAAUGGGAAUUGGUGACGUGAUUAGCGGGGUUCCCUCGCUGAAGAAGCUACAAGGGGCGAGUAACGACGACUGGAUCGACCGCAUCAACCAUGUUUGGACGGUCUUCAUCUUCGCGCUGUUCGCCAUCGUCGUCACGACGUCGCAGUUCGGCGGCGAUCCGAUCCACUGCUGGUGCCCGGCGGAGUUCACCGGGGCAUACGUCGACUACGCCAAAUCCUACUGCUGGAUCAAAAACACGUACUACAUCCCCAUGGACACACCCAUCCCCGUGGAUCACCGCGAGCGAGACAGCGAAGAGCUCACCUACUACCAGUGGGUGCCUCUGAUCCUGCUGUUCCAAGCAUUCAUGUUCAAGUUCCCAAACAUCAUCUGGAGGUUGUUCAACGGAGGGGCUGGAAUCAACAUGGAGAAGAUCGUCGACAUGGCCGAGAAGACCCAGCUAGGAUCGCCAGACGACAGGAAGCAGACGAUAGAACAUAUAUCAGUCUACAUGGACCGGUGGCUGAUGACGCACCAGAACUACCACUGGAACAUCAUAGUUCGCGCCAAGCAGAAGAUGGCUAGAUUCUGCUGCUUCUUCUGCAACAAGCGCGCGGGGACCUACCUGACGGCGCUGUACCUAUUCGUGAAGGUCAUGUACGCCUCCAACGUCAUAGGCCAGUUCUUCCUGCUCAAUGCUUUCCUGGCCACGGACUAUAACAUGUACGGAUUCGAAGUGUUGGCCAUGCUGUCGAACCAAGGGGAUUGGAAGGAGAGUCCACGCUUUCCGAGGAUCACCCUGUGCGACUUCAGGAUCAGACAGCUUCAGAACAUCCAGACCUGGACGGUCCAGUGCGUGCUGCCCAUCAACCUCUUCAACGAGAAGAUCUUCAUCUUCAUCUGGUUCUGGCUGGUGCUCGUGGCCACCCUCACUUGCAUCAACCUCAUGUCCUGGCUCUACACCGUCGUCUUCAAGAGGAACAGGGUCGCUUACAUCAAGAAGUACCUGAAGAUCAACAACGCCCUCGGCUCCGCUGCCGACAAGAGACUGUGCGUGACGUUCGCAGACAACUAUCUCCGGGACGACGGGGUCUUCGUUCUAAGGGUGAUUUCCAAGAACUCCACGGAUCUCGUGACGUCAGAUCUCGUCAAAGAGCUGUGGGCGAACUACAAAGACAAGAAGUCUUCCAGAGCUAACGAGCAUUACGAACCGGCAGACGAGGCUAAAGAGUCUCUAGCAUAGAAUAGAAGAAACUGAGUGUUUAGGAACUUUCGGUUCUUUGGUUUCCUUGGAUACCGAGAAAGUAAAGGGAGAUAAUUUGUGUUUUUUUGUUUUUUUUGUAUUGAUAUUUUUUAAAUCAAAGGAGAGGAAAAGAACUUUAGUAUAAACAGGAAUACCAGAUUGAGUGUUUGGAACUUUCUGUUCUUUCGUUUCCUGGGAUACCGAGAAAGUAAAGGGAGAUAAUUUGUGAUAUUUUUUUAAAAUUAAUUUUCUUCUUUUUUUUAAUCAAAGGAGACGAAAAGAACGUUAGUAUAAACAGGCAUACCAGUCAAAUCAUUCAAAAUAUGUUUUGAAUUGGACCGUAAAAGAACUGCGAAGGAGAAAUACCUGGGAUACCAAGGAAGACCAUGGAAAUAAGUGCCUUUUCGAGCGGAUGCAAAGAGUCAUUAGCAUAAUUAGGUGUACAAGAUUGGUUGGUUUGUUUUCCAUAUUCGGUGCUGAAGAAAAUAUAACCGGAGGUAACUGAUGCUCUUUAGCAUGAACUGACAAAACGUGAUAGCGAAACAAAUAUUUACUGACAUUCCAUAUUUCUAAUGAAAUAAUUAUUAAUUAUUAAUGAUAAUGAUAAUAAUGGGAACCAAGAUUUUAAGACAAAUUUUGAAUUGUUCCGGUUUUUGUGUGUAUGCUUAUUGAUGUGAAUGGUGUGCAUAGAUGUUGAGUGACGAAUGUUUAAUACAAAUAAGUCACAAGGAAGAUAGUAUGAUGACAUCACUAUUACAUAACUGGCAUAACUCAUAUAUUGUGAAGAUUUGCGUUUAUCUUUCCAAAUGAUUGUCAUUUCAGUAAUAUAAUAACAACCAUUUAAUCUUUUGAUAUUGAAUUCGUGGAAUUUAUGAAAGAAAAAAAGCAGCAACAACAACAACAACAACAACAAAAAACCCAACAUCUCAGCUACUAAUAGUUUUGCUUUACAAUUUGAUGGGACUUGUUUAGGCUUAUUGUUUUUGUUUGCCAGUUUUGAUUUUGAUGAGUUUUUUUUUUUUAAUUAACUUCAAUUUUGAAAUUCUGCCAAUUUGUUUUAAUGUAUUUUUAAAACUUAUAAACAAAUUAAUAAGCAUUUUCAAUUAAUAAUUUUUUUUUAACAAAUAAAUAAAUUAUACGUAAGAUUGAAUGGUCGCUAUUCCUAAAGCUUUGACACAAUUAAGCUUAUGAUCGGUGCUUCACAAUUCCCUAAAGGGAACUCCCCUAGUCGAAGGCUGCUUUUUUAACUAUUAGUUUUUAUUAGCGUGUUACGUAGGAAUAUAUUGUAGAAUACAAAAAAUAGGACUAUUACGGUAAUGAUCACUUUGUGAAUUGGCCGAAGGGCCAGGGCUGGAUCCACCUAAAUGGGGUGGGGGGGGGGGGGGGGGGGGGGUGGGGGUGGACUGAUAACCCAAUACCAACCCUGCUGCCAACGCAAAUGUUUUUUUUUUAAUUUCUCGAUCUGCUAAAUCUGUUUUGUUUUUAAUGCAUGUCUGAUUUGAAUACAUAUGUUAAUCACACGCCUGUGUAUUUAUGGCUUUUGAGUUGGGGGUUGGCACCCCCGCACCCCCGCAUCCCCACGCCCUCCCCUGUGAUCAUUUCUGGAAAGAGCCAUAUAGAAAUUUAUACAUUCCAUCAGUGUCGCAUUCCUUUAGUGUAUCGCAUGUCCUGUGUACAGAAUACGAGGAUGCAGGAUUUAUUAAAGAGGGGUGCGUCAUUUAUUUUCAUUUUAUCCGCUCAAGAUCUAAACACGUGUUGCAGUCAGUGCGUGGGUAGAACCGUUUGAAAUCAAAGAAAACAAUUAUGUGAGGAAUUGUUAACACCGACUUGUCAAUAAAAUGUUCCAAUUUUUUUAAUUAUGCACUCAUAUUACGAUUUGCAUGUGUAUUUUCUGUUUUAACAAUAAAUAUUUUAAUGAAUUAAUAAAUAAAUACAUUAAUAAAUUAAUAAGUUAAUAAAUAAAUACAUAAAUACAUAAAUACAUAAAUAAAUAAAUACAUUUUAAUAAAUAAAUUAAUAAAUACAGUCUAACCGUGUCAACAAGUUCGACAUAACAGUUGGUCGAGAUACACAUAUUAAUUAUUGGUAUACGUUAUGCCAUGGAAUCCUGCUAAUCGAAAAGAGUAGCCCAUGAAGUGGCGACAGUGGGUUUCCUCUCUCAAUAUCUUUGUGGUCCUUAACCAUAUGUCUGACGGCAUAUAACUGUAAAUAAAAUGUGUUGAGUGCGUCGUUAAAUAAAACAUUUUUUUUUUUUUUUUUAUGCCAUGGGAAUAUUUUUCAACCUCGAGAUAACAGGUGUCGAGAUAACGAAAUAAGGAAAUGUAUCCACCUGUGAUAUAAGUGGCCCGCAUGGUUUAUCAAUGAGAAUCAGUAACUCGAAUUUUGGCCUUGAAUUCAAGAAUAGGUCUGUAAUAAUACUUUCGGCAAAAGAAAAUGAGAACGUUAUUGUGUAGAUAUCGGAUAUAUCAGUUCGCUCAACAUUACGUAGUAGGUAGGUAGCUAGGUAACUAGUUUAACGUGCUCAUAUACCACUGGGGUUUCGAACACAUUACGUGGGAUCUGUAAAAGAGAAAUUAUAUUUUUUUAAAUCGGAUUGUUUAAAACAAUUUUGGCGCCAAAAUCGGUCACCGGGUUCUCUUUAAAGGUUUUACUAAAUUGUGUUUAGUUGCGAAAUAGAGGCUGUAAAUUAGUUGAUAGAAAUCGACUAGUUUUUUUCUUUCAAAGAUGUACAAAAAAAUAACAUUGUAAAAGGAAUAUUUGUUCAAAACAAAACAAAAAUGUGUAGAAGACAAAACUUGCGUUGUAUAAGCACAGCGUUCAAUGGGCAACGCUUCGUUUUGGACAGUUUUGUAUAGACCGCUACUUAGUGCUGACAGCAAAUGGGGAUCAGAUUAGGAAAACAGUGUUGACGGAAAUCAACGAAAGACUCCGAUAAUCUCCGAAAGAUUUCGGGAAAUACCGACAGAUGCCGGAAAAUGCCGAAAGAAACCAGCUAAUUAAUAAUAAAAAAGAAGUUUUACAAAAGUGUGUGAAAUAUUGCAUGUUUGUGACGACGGUCUAUAAAUAGUGAGUGUUUGCUUAAAUUUUAUACACUAUGAAAUCAUAGCUUGUUUGAUACAUAUUUUAUCUAGAAAAACGAAAAUCAAAAUAUUGUUAUUUAUAUGUAUGUAUGCAUUGACUUAAUAUUUGUAUUGUAUUGGAAUGGUUAGAUUUACAGUAAAUUUUUGCUAGUGUUUACUUGUAGCAGAUAUACAUUAGGUGAUGAUGUUGUUGUUGUUAUUUAGUGUCCUUCCAAAACGUAAAUCUGACAUUUUGCAGACGUCUUAAUACCACAUUGUCACCAGACACGUUCACAUAUGGUUAAGUUAAAUGUUUUACGUCUGGUAGGUGCUGGGUUCGAAUCUCGUAAACGCCUCCAACCCAGAGUGGACUUGUUAAUCACAUAAAACAAAACAUUUAAAUAUGUCCCGAGUUAGCUACUGUUAGAAGUAAAAUGAACAGGUGUCGAAAUAUUGCCGGACCGGUAUAUGUUUCACCUGCCAUUCCGUCGGACUGGCAAUUAUUUUGCGUUUAUAUUCGCACAACAGAUUGUGUAAAAAUAUAUAUCUACAUCGAAAUAUUUCUAAAAUUGAUUCCAUCACAGAUGUAAAUUAUUAUAAACCAUGACAUUUAUUACAAUCAUGGUUCUAUUAGUUAUUCUUUCCUUCUUCUUUUAUUAUUAUAUUUUUUCAUUCUCUAUAAUUACAUUAUAUGAUCAUUGUUUGGUCCGGCGGCUUUUCAUUCGAGUUGGCAGAAUUUCUAACUUGCUGGACCGAAUGUCCGGCAAGAAUUUCAGCUAAUUUCGACCCCUGAUGAAAUUUGGUCUGCUACAAGCAUUACGACCAGAAAGAAAUUGGCUCUGAUGGUUUAAAUCAAAUAGAUAUAUAAUAGCAAACUCGAAGAGUUUUUUUUUAUAUAAGAUAUGACCUGGAUAGCUAGCCCAGAUAGCUGAAGUAUGCUUGUCUGUCUGUCUGUCUGUCUGUCUGUCUGUCUGUGUGUGAUGCGUGAAUACGGGCACCCAGAGCAGCGUGCUUAAACCAUAUUUAUAUAUAAGCUAGAAAAUAUGUUUAAAUGAAGGACUAAAGAGAAGACGUACUGGGUAGUUAAUACAUUAUAUAUAUAUAUCAUCAAUUUAAACACUGCGUCUGCAAACUGGAAUAAUUGCGUUUUGGGUUGGAACAUUGUAACGUCCUUGUUCUUAUAUACAUCUACCAUUCUUAGAUUUUAUUGCUAACAUACCUACGUCUUUUACUGUUUACUGAAACCUUAUACUUUUGAUGUACCUAUGUAAUUGUGAAUAUGUAAAAAAUUUUUUUACUGUAAAGUAUAUAUUAUAUUUUUUAUAAGGUUAUGAAAUUGAGUUUUCAGAAAAAGGUAAUUUGUUAAAUUUUUUUAAAUCAAAACUAUUUUCAUGCAUAAGUUAAUUAUAAUUUAAAUUGUUAUGCUAAUCUUUCACAUAUAUAUAUCGCCAGUAGAUAUAGGUAUGCAGAAUGUGUUUUAAUAAAUGAAAUAUUGUUAUUCGAAAUUUGGAUUGGGGCCAGUUUAUAUUAUAUAGCAGAGCACAUUAGUGUAAAUAACGUAUAUACGAAACUAUAUCAUGGAUAGUAAGGCAUUAUAUGCAGUGUCUACUAUUUAAUCUAAACCACAGCUAUUUCUCUGUUAGCAAGAUUGGUCAUUGUGUGUGCGCGCGUGUGUGUAAAUGCGUGCGUGAAAUAAUCCAAGUGAUGCUUCCUCUCUGACCGAUCAUUUCACAAAACAUCAAGCAGCUGGGACAUGUAUACCAGCGUUGAUUUCAUUAGUUGAAUGAAAGGUCACCUGUUAAUGAAAUGACUCUCUUUGGUACAAUCGGCUAACUGAGAAAAACUGACUGUUAAAUCAACACCCAGUUCAGUCUGCGGGACGGGAAAACUACCACUAGACUGGGUUUUGCGCUUCACGUUAAAACCAACGAUAACACCGUGAACAUCGUUGUCACUGAACGCACGUCUGAUUUCAGUCAAGCUGUAAAACGGAGGACCAUAAAAUACGGUAAAAUGUAAGCUGCUAUAAUAUUGUGAUAUUUAUGAAAAAGCAAGCGUGUGAUUUGAUUACAAAUGUUGGCAAAACAGUUUGCAUUACGUAACGUUUUACGCCGUGUAUACAGGACAACAAACGAGACGCGAAUAUUAAAGGGACAUUCUGAGUUUGCUGCAUUUUUAAAGAUGUUAUCGACUAACAGAGACUUUUUAACGAUUGUAAUUACAUAUCAAAUGUAUAUUUCUGCAUAAAAGAUUAGUGACUGCAUAA